AUGUCUCUCAUCAAUCGCGUUUUCCCUUCUAUUGCUCAAGAAUUUGGUAGAGCAUUUUCAUUAUUAGAAGAUCCAUUAUUUAAUACCGCUCUACGUAGUGGUACCAGGUUUCCUUCCUCCUUUACAUCUACAGAAUAUUUUCGUCCUUCGGUAGAUAUUUGUGAGACCGAUAAAUCUUAUGUGGUUGAAGCUGAAGUACCCGGCAUGAAAAAAGAUGAUUUAUCAGUAGAAUUUACUAAUGAUAAUACUUUGGUCUUAAAAGGAAAAAUUGAAAAAUUUACACGAGGUGACAAUAUAAGAACAAUUGAGGCUACUCCUGAAACUGCGGGUGGUGCUAUUCCUGCUGAUAAAGCCACUGAAGGAGUUACCACAGAAGGAAGUUCCACCGAAGGAAGUAGCACAACAGCAGUUCAACAACAAACAAGUGGUGAAGUUUCAGAAAGAUCUCCUGUUUAUUGGUCCAGUGAAAGAGUUUUGGGUAAUUUUCAAAGAUCUUUUCAAUUUCCCGGCAGAAUUGAUCCAGAAAAUGUCAAAGCAAAUUAUAAAGAUGGUAUUUUAUCAAUUGUUGUACCUAAAGGUUUUGUGGUCCUUUGUCCCGAAGAAUUAGAAGACAUGUGGCACGUUUAUAAUCUAAUUUCUAUAGGAGAUCAACUCAAAGCUUCAACAAUACGACGCAUUCAAAAUGAAAGUGCUACUGGAUCAGUGGAUUCAGAACGAAUAAGGCUUACUUUAACCAUAUCAGUGGAUAAAGUAGAUUUUGAUCCACAGGGAGGGAUAUUAAGAAUUCGAGGGAGAAAUGUUGUUGAAAAUAAAUAUGUUAAAUUGGGCAUGUAUCAUACAAUUGAUCUUGAAUUGAAUAGAAAUUUCACGUUAUUAAAACAGGAAUGGGAUAUUAUUGCACUUGAAAGAGUUCAAGAAGCUUGUGAUAUUACAAAACAAGCAGAUGUGGCUGCUGUUGUUCUUCAAGAAGGUCUAGCUAAUUUAUGUUUGGUUACGCAUAGCAUGACAAUUGUAAGACAAAGAGUUGAACAAUCGAUUCCUAGGAAGCGCAAAGGUAAUGUGACGAAUUAUGAAAAGGGUCUCCAAAAAUUUUAUGAUCAAGUCAUGAAAGCAAUUAUGCGUCACGUAAACUUUGAAGUUGUUAAAGUUGUCAUUUUGGCUAGUCCUGGUUUUGAUCAACUUCAUGAGUAUAUUUUCGCGGAGGCAGUGAAACAAGAUAUUAGGCAAUUAAUAGAGAACAAAUCAAAAUUUGUUCUUAUACAUUGUUCAUCUGGUCACAAGCAUUCAUUGCAAGAAGUAUUACAAGAUACAACUAUACAGAGUCAAUUAACUGAUACCAAAUACGCCCAGGAAAGUGUGGCCUUAGAUAAAUUCUAUAAAAUGUUAAAUGAUAAUCCGGAUAAAGCUUUUUAUGGUUGGGAUCAUGUCAAAAAAGCAGAAGAGAGAGGUGCGAUUGGAACUUUACUCGUUUCAGAUGAACUUUUCAGAGCUGCAGAUAUUUCUACUCGUAAAAAAUAUAUUCAUCUUGUUGAAUCUGUGCGUUCAAUGGGAGGAAAAGUGUUAUUAUUUUCUAGUUUACAUGUUUCUGGAGAACAACUCAAUCAAUUAACUGGUGUAGCAGCUAUUCUUAAUUUUCCUUUACCUGAUAUCGAAGAGGAGGAAAAUUAUGAAUAG